AUGCCUUCAGUAUCGCGAGCAGCACGAACCGAGGGAUCGACGACGUUCGUACCCGAUCGAUAUUUCGAGGCAUGGAGGGCAGGAACUAUAUCUGCGCCCGAUGGUAACCACUUCCAAGCGUGUAUUGCCUACACCUUCGGUCUUGCGCCUCAAGAUGGUUACAUCUACCGAGCUGCUGCUGAAGUGACUCUGUCGCAAGCACAAAGCUACCUGGAAGUAGGCGCGCAGAAGGGCUUUCACGCCUGGUAUCGAGAUGCUGAGCUUGAAAAGAAAUCACUGCCAACCGCGGCGGACAUCGAAGCAUACACGGCAAUUUUCCGUCCCUCCACAAGUACGAGCCGUCUGCUUAUGGGCUUCGCUUCCAACGCGAAGAAGGGCUCCGUGAGGGCGGCCGUUGCACAGCAUCUCGGCGCUCUCUUCCAUCCCUUUGGCCAGACCCCAGGACGAUAUGCCGAUCUCACAAUCGCAAGGAACAAAGCUCACGUGAAUCCAUAUUUUGACUUCUGGGCCUGGUCGAAUCAGGUGCUCGGGUGGUCAGGCCCCGAGCCACACACGGCGAACGUGAAGUUCAGCCAUGCGAUUCUCCCCGUCUUGUAUCACCAUUUCGGAUGCGCAGUUCCGUCGUAUGAGGCUUUGUCUACCAUUGACCAGAUCGCCUCCGACCGGAGGAUCCUAGAUAUAGGAAGCGGCAACGGGUACUGGACUUACAUGCUACGCCAUAUCAGACCCACAACCGCCAAGCAACAGCUGGAGGUGGUCGCCAUCGACAACGGAGUCAGCGAAUGGAGGACGAUGUGGAUCGACGACACUGUCGAGGCUGACGGUCCGCAGUGGUUGGCGACGAAUGAUGGCGGGAAGAAUGCUGUCAUGCUCUUGAUAUAUCCUUCUGUCGGGCAUGACUUCACGGCGAAAACCAUCCUCGCAUAUAAGGGCAGGACCGUUAUUUGUGCUGGCUCACAGAACUCAAAUGGCUUCACGGCGUUCGCCUCGGUGACCAUUGCGGAAUGGUUCGAGCAAGAGAUGCCCGGCUGGGAGAAAGUGGCUCAAGUUCCAUUGCCAAGUUUCGCUGGUAAAGACGAAGCGCUCUUCGUUUUCGAAAAAGUGGAAUAGGGCAUCAUGGCUUGGGUCCGGGCCCCUUUUCAAGCUCCG